AUAUAGUGUCGUUUUCCAGUCGAUAGAAGGUGAACCUGAACUGGAUCUGCAUUUGGCUGAGUUUACUUGUUGUUGGUGAUCUGAUUCUUCGUUAGUGCGCACACAAUUCUCUGAGAGACGGAUCGCAGAGGAGUCGUGAGCGGAAGAGAGUGAGAUACUUCGAUGGACGUGAAAGACUGUAGCAAGCAAUUAUUCUGCAAAGUAGUGGUUGUCGCUUCCCAAAGAGGAGAGAAAGUUGACCUUGCCUGCGGUUGUCUUUCGGAGGACGUGUGCCCAGGAGAAUAUACUGGUCACUCAUUGUCGUAUCUCUAUGCUUGUUUCCGGCAGGGUCCUGAAGUUCACUGGCAACGAAGAUUCUAUACUCGCCAACCUCCCACGGCCAUGGUUCGGGGGAUAAAUACUGCAGGAUUAAUACACCUGCGGUAGGCUUUCAGCCUAUGUUGCGGACGCAAUCGGAAAGACUUCGAGCUUCUGGACAUGACCAGGGGCUGUUCUUGCAGCUCACAUUCCUAAACCUCGGCUUGGCUCAUGCAGCUCAAUCCUAGGAUUUCAUGAUAUGUUUUGACCUGCUACACAGAUAAGACUGCCGGAGUACUGGUUGACUGCGAAAUUGUUUUUAGGAGUUCUUGCUGGAUGCAGAAAAAGCCAUGCGGGUGCUGGUGAAAGGUGUUUACAGAGACGUGGGUCGAUGUUACGAAAUCCUGAUGCUUAUGAUCGGGUUCCUUUGAUAUAAUGCCGCGGAAUGUUUCUUUUGUGCAUUCUCUUGUAGUUAUAAUUUUGGACAUAGACUCCAAUCCAGGGGAUUAUAAACAUGUGGAUGUAUUUUUAGCUAGAUUUCUCUGUGAAGACCGAGUUGAACGUGAAGGUUCGAUGGGAUUGCUCAUUGUGUCAGAGAGAUUAAAGUUUUCGAAGCUAGUCUUGUCUUCGCCGUUGAGAGGGCUUCACUGACCCAUGUGUGCUUGCCUGAACAGACGAAGCCCUCUCAACGGGCUAAUCAUCUGUUUAGUCAAGCAGUAUAUCCCACCAUCAUUAACCUCUAUUGUUGUUAUUUAGUUAUAUUUUGUUGUUUUUAUUAUUAUUUUAUAUUAUAUCAUUGAAAGCUCAUGGAAAUGAUACAAGUGAUCAAUUACAUCUGCAUUAUUUACUUAUUCAUUUAAUUAUUUUUAUCUUGUGUCUCUUCUUUUUUUUCCUGUUCUUUCUAUGAUCAUGUGAGUGUUGGUGACGCCUCAAACUGUUCCGUUACUGUUCUCACACUCUCCCACAAUGCAGAUAGACUGUUGAGUUGAUUACUUUCCGCUUAGGUGAGGACUCUAGACCUGCUGCACAGGGAGCUGUUCUGUGAGCGCAUUGCACGAGUGAACCGAGACAAGCGUUCCAGCGAUGAGUGAGCUUCAUUAGAUCGACGACGCAUCGCAAAAUUGUGUUGCGAAGUUGUUGCGGUGAGUGGAACGAAGGAUUAGAAGCACGAAGUUGCAAUGCAUCGGAGGAAAUCGUGGUGCCCUUCGUAGGCUCGUGUCUGCCGACCUCAGGAUGGUUGUCUCAAUGUACUCUGCUGCGCAAGAUGUUUCUGACGUGAAGUUGCACGUGACAGCGAUUGCCACGUUCUUGAGACGGUUUGAAUGGCUAUGGCGGUCGCACGUUGUAGAUUUUUUCAAAGCAGAAUUGUGGGGAAAGGUGGACAAGGAAUGGAUUGCUUGCCUAAGGCUUGCGUCUGCGGAGAGUUGGUUGCUGAUGCCAUCUGGUAUCGUACAGGAAGGAUGGCCUGAGUCUUUGAAAGAAUUCGUGCGAACAGCAGGUCAACUAUCUCUUUCUCGCGGACAAGUCGAUGUUGCAUCAAACAUGUCUUUUCCAGGGACUCCGCAGGCUCCCAUUGGCAGUGUUCUUGCUCAGGGGAUGAGUGUCAAGAAACGCCACGAGAUUGGCAUACUGGCAGCGGUUAUCGCAGGAACUGCAGAGCUGAGUGGAUCUAAAGAUGUGAUCGAUGUUGGAGCUGGCCAGGGUUACCUUGCACUUGUCUUGGCAUUUGAGUAUCGAUUAUCUGUGACCGCUGUUGAUGCAUGUGCUCAUCAUGCCGAUGUAACAAAUAAGCGUGCACAACGCAUUGAAAAAUAUUACAACACGCGCUUACGGAAGUCACAACAAGUCGGUCUGGGUUGUUCAGCUGUGCGUGCUCCACAAACGGUUACUUGCCGAGUGGGCACAGGGGAAUUUUCAGCAGCAUUGUCCUCUCUGUUGCCAGCAUUCGAGGAAUCUAAGUUGUCAGAAGUCUUCGCCAAUGAGAGGCCUGCGGACCACGAUGAAAAUACUUUUGCAGACUCAAAGAACUGCAGUGUAGUGUUAGCUGGUUUGCAUGCUUGUGGGGACCUCUCUGCAACAAUGCUGAGGACUUUUAUUGAGUGCAAGGAAGUUACUGCUGUCAUAAACGUGGCAUGCUGCUACCACUUGUUAACUGAGGAAUCCAGUAACGACAAGAAAGAGUUUUAUGGAUUUCCAAUGAGUGAAGGAGUGAGCAACUUAGGAUUGGAGUUGGGAAGAAGUGCUCGUGAGCUUGCGUGUGAAAGUCCAGACAGGUGGAAGGAGCACCAUCCAACAAGGGCUAUCCAGAAUUUUGAGCUGCAUGCCUUUCGUGCAGCUUUUCAGUUGGUGAGAUCACAAAUACAAAUUUUGGACCGAUAUUAUCCAGAGACAGCAGACAAUAGGCCGUCAGUGGGUCGUGUAGGCAAGUCGCGACGUAGGCGUAAAGCACGACAAGCAGCAAUGGAACCCUUACCUGACAACUCGGGCAAUGGAACUAUACAGAGCAACAUUAGGGAGACCAUGCUGGAAUGUGAAAAUCGCACAGAGACUUCAGAUCAUCCUCUUGGGACAUCUACAUUAUCAACCAUCCCCAAGCUAGACGUGCUCCCUGGAUCCGCUCAAGACGGGAACACCCUCAGAUUUGAGCAUGUAGAAACCUCUUGUUCGAUUAAUUUUGGAGCCGACCCUUGCGAGCUGGUGGAGAAUGUUGGUGAUCUUAAUCCGAGUUCGACCAUUAAUGCUGAAUUCGCUGUGGAACAGCAGGCCGCAAGAUUUGAGGACUAUGCCAAACCUGUGCUGGAGCUACUUGACCUGCCCCCUCUUUCAUCUUCUGUGUUCAGGUGCAUUUGGUCAGAAGUGGCAGCGCAUCAGGAUCUGGUGGGUCCAUUCUAUUCGUUGAGAACUGUUUUGGCUCCAGUGAUUGAGUCAUACAUCUUGUUAGAUCGACUGUUAUAUGUCAAGGAGCGAGCUGAAAUACUUGCUUCAAAGGACGAGAUGAGUUGCCAGAUAACUUCACAGCUUGUUCCUCUCUUCGAGCCCUCAACGUCUCCUCGCAACAUGGCCAUCAUAGCUCGGCGAGGUGAAUUGUGAAACACUUCGUUGCACUGCAAAUCUAGUGAUUUUAAUCCAGAGAAAUGUUCACAACUCAACUUCAUAUUGUGUGAGCAUCAAUAGUUGCAACUCACUCUGUGCACAUCAGCAAUUUUUUAGAAUCAAAAAUACUUUCAAAACAUGAGAUAAUUUGUAAGUAUUUCAACACAGUUCAGAAAGAAAAUUUUCCUCUGAAGAGGUAAUGCUCUUAAGAUC